CUUUUGGUUGCGCAGUCAGUCAACCACUACCACCAACACCAGACCUGGUUCUUGUCGCUGUUGUUGAACCACAUGGGUUCAACAUGAUAUCGCCCUCGACCCAGCGGUGACUGCGCACCUAUGGCUCCCAUAUCCCCCGGCACAAACACCAUGAUGCACCCAUCCAAAAAGUCCAAACCCACCCCAACAACCAAAAACCACCGAUAUGAGUCUUUCACCAAGCGGGUUUCUAGAUUGAAGAUAGACCCUGUGCAUAUUGUCGAAAAUAACAAGAUUGACAAUCAUGCUACGUCUCUUUCCCACAGUUUCUUCCGCGAGUCCCUCGAUCAAUGGGCCGAAUUGAAUCUUACCCAAACCUUCACCACCUUUUCAAACAAGGUCAACCCUCUGUGCGAAAAUCUGCCUCAAUUGCUCCAUCACGCCGAUACCAUUUUCGACCUAUUGGUCCAACAUAUUGAAAAACAAGAUGCCUUGGCUUUGGAGCCUCUGCUCAGUCUUCUGGCGCAUUUGGCCCAUGAUCUCGGACAGAAAUAUGAGAAGUACUUUGCCAGAACUGUCCAGGUUGUGGCAAAAGUGGCAGUGUCUCAUGUGGAUCCCGACAUCAUCGAGUGGUGCUUCACGUGCCUUGCAUGGAUGUUCAAAUAUCUAUCGAGGCUGUUGGUCCAUGAUAUGCGACCUCUCCUUGAAAUCAUGAUCCCAUUCCUCUCGGCGAAAAAGGACUACCUGGUUCGAUUCAGCGCGGAAUCAUUGGCAUUCUUAUUGAGGAAAGCUGCUUCCCUGCAUCGCAAGAACAAGCCUUCCUUGCGCAUCGCCGUCAGAUAUCUUUUGGACCAGGUUGCAGAGACACAAACUACUGGUCUUCCCCAGCUGCACCUGGGAAUCAUGACUCUGUUUGUCGAGACUUGCACAGGCCUAGAGGGCCAGCUUCAUACUAGCGCCGAUAGUCUUGUUGACUGCCUUUUGGCCACGACCGACCUUUUUUUGCAAGAUCCAGCCGUCCAGUCAAUCACCAUCGGCGUACUUGUCGCUUUGACUCACCAGACCAACGCUACCAGUUUUCAACCAGUUUUCAAAACCGCUCUUACUCAUCUCCGGCGUCAAUCUAAACCUUCCGAUCGCUUCCAUUGUGCAUGGACAUUGACAUUACUACAUGUCUUGGUUGGUACCAGGAGUGGCACCAGAAUAUCAGACUGGACAGACGUCAUCGAUCUAGUUUUGUCAAAUGCCACGAUCGCUUCUGAACAAUUUGGAUUGGAUGAUCAGUUACAGCGACUCAUUUUGCAGGUCACCGCAGAAGUCAUUCAAAACGCACCUAUGGAUCAAUUGCUGCCUUGGACAAAGAAAAUCCUUGACCUCUUGACCUCAAGCUCAUGGCCAGUUUCCUUCUUUGCCUUUUGCACCAUUUGUGCUGAACUCGGCGAAGAACGCUUUCGAAGCCUAGUUCUUCCUCGCCUUCAGCAAUUCAUCAUUUCAAGGUGGUCGGAUGAGCAGCAAAGCUUGUUCUACACUUUGGAGCGGUUGAAUGCUCAGGUAUUCUCCAGUGAUGCAGCUGUCUCAAAUAAGGUCAUCAAUUGUCCCUCGGGAUUGCAGGACGCGGUACUAGAUCAUCUCGAAGCUCUGAAAGCACUCGACACACCACAACCCCUUGAAGACCUUGCAGGCCAUCUACACUUGAUCGAGACAGCUCGAUUCGGUCAAGAUACAAAAAGCAGGAGUCGUCUUCUAAGGAGCCUACAUAACAUCCUUUCAAUCGCCUUAGCGGAUCAUGCGCCGGAUACAGAACGAAAACGCCGUCUCAUCCUUGGCUGGGGUCUUCAAUCCUAUGUUACUGCCUUGGAUGAAGAAGAGAAAGAGAAGUACAACCUGCUGCCACAACUUUUAACCACCACUCCUGCAUACCUUCGAUCACCCUUAUUCUUGAGUCUAUGUAAUAGACUCUUGAAGCAAUCUCCCCUGUCCAAGGAUCAAAAGGAUCAACCACAACUGCUCAAUGUCCUACAUUGUCUCAUGCAGAAUCUCCUCACGUCCUCGAUUCCAUUGAAAGUCGAAUCCCUCAAAAUGAUAUGCGAAGUCUCUGCAAACGAAGCAGAAUCCAGUGCGGCCACUCUGAUGCUAGACAUCAUCACUACUCCGUAUACACCAUCGGAGGCUCGAAAGCUCUCAAUGCUGCUAAGGCGCUUGCCGAAACAACACAGCACCUUACUGCCUUUCCCAUCUCUUCGAGAUAUGAUACCAUCGUUUUGCCUUGGCCUGUUGGGAACAUUUCAUGAUGCGCUGAGAAAGGACGUUUGCGAAGCACUAGCGAUCCUGGCAGAGGAUUCGAGCACCGAAGAAUUUGUUCUGAACAUUGCAUUGCAGUGGUUGCAGACUCCAAAUGUCCCUCAGGUUGCCGAGAAUCACCACGACUCACCGACGUCCCGGCCAACUCAAUUCGAAUGCACGAAGCUGAACCUGGUGGAGAACGUCGUUAUGAAGAUCUCCGGUGAAUAUGUGGAUCCAAGAAAGAGCUUCGCAGCAAUGAUCGACGAUGCACAUCAACUCGUGUCUUCCACGCUACCACAGAACGCUCGCGCUUUAGGACUUCAGAUUUUGAAUUCUAUUCCGGCUUCUGUCGAGCGACGCUCACGACUACUGGUUCCAAUCUUCCUGGCUGCUCCUAUGAACCGUGCACAAUUGCAACAAACUCACAACUCGGACGCCUCUACCUCAUCCCAUACUAUGAGUCCAGAAGUUGAUGAUCACGAAUGGUCCUUGCCAGAUCGUAGGCAAUUUGUCUCGCUCUUCGCAAAAUUCAACAACCCACGGGUUCUCUUCAGAUCCAGCGAAGUCCUCGAAAAGAUCACAGAGCUUCUUGGCAAUGGCAAUGCUGAUAUCAGAAAAUCAGCGCUGCAAGCGGUCCUGAAGUGGAAGGAUCCCGUCUUGAUGGCGUAUGAAGAUGUCCUUCUCGAUAUCGCAGAAGACAAGAAAACCCCAGCAGAUUUGGGCGUCCUUUUGAGCCUAGACGAGGACCAGUCACCAAUUAAGCCUGACCAUCGAGCGAAUGUCUUGCCGGUCGCACUGAGGUUGAUAUUUGGUUCACUCGUUGGCCGAGUCGGCUCUACAGGUUCGCAAGAAGCCCGUCGUAAGUCCAUAUUGAGGAGCCUGUUCCGCAUGAGCGACAGUGAAAUAGGAUCAUUCCUUGAUAUCACACUUGCGAGGCUCAAAGAUGUGCAUCUAGCAGACUCAACGGAUGACGAAACGUUUCUGAACCAGCUCUCUAUCCCCGAAGAUCAACAAUACGGCUUUCUUCGUCUACUUUUGACUAUUCUUGAGUCCAUGAAGAGCAAAUUCUCAGGUUUCGGACAAAAGGUCAUUGACGCUGUCGUCCUUUGUGUCGCGAAUUCGUCUCUCAACUCUGAAGCAUUCCAGAAUUCCAGUGUCACUACGUCGGCAUUAACCCGAAGCAUCAGACGCACGGGAGUCCAGUGCCUUGUUCUCCUAUCUGAUCAUUGUCCCGAAAUUGACUGGCCUCCUUAUAUAGCUCUCUUGUUCAAGAAGUUAAUAAAUCCUCGAAUCGAAUCGUUUGCUUCGGAGACGAGCCAGGGCAUCUCGGGGCUCUUGCGCCUGUUCGCUGCGUGGGCACGCUCGCCUCGACUUGUUGGACACCUUCGCGGACAAGACUCCCGACUACCAAGUGCACUAUGGCAGUGUCUUACUACACCUUCUGCUCAAAAAGAUGUCAAGCUUUUUAUCCUAGAGGAUAUUGUUCUGCCCUGGAUAUCUCUGGCGGCAGAUCUGUAUCCUGGUCAACCCGAUGCCAUGGAUCAGGUGCAGGCAGAAGCCAACGCUCUGUUCUCGGCUUUGACAUCACUCAUCGAACAAGCCCCUCCACGAGAUAUCCUUAAUGCCAUCAUUUCGAUCCUCCCGAGCAUGACGGCGUUCCCGUUGUCGACUGAAGCUAAAGAGAAAAUGAUCACCCUACUACAAGUUCUCCUUGAAAGCCCAGCGUACAAAUUUCCGCCCCAAAUGAAGAGCAAGCUGCUUCUUGGAAUAACAAGCCUGCUCAGAACCGACGAAGUUUUGGCGAAGGGGCCGUCCCAUGAAUCGUUGUGGUGUUUGGCAUCUGCAAUGUUCAACUAUUUCAAAGAUGAUGUGAAUCGCCAAAUUCUUUGUGAAAUGCUUCAAACACUAUCCCAAGGCCGGGAGAGCCUUUCUCAAGUGGUUCAACUCUGUUAUGACAUGAACUCCGUUUCCUCCCAACGCUUGGGAGAGUACGAUUAUGAGAAAAGACUCUCGGCAUUCAACUUAAUCAGCACAAUGCCAGUCGAAGGCUCACAAGGAAUAUUCUGGCUACCCAUUGUCUGCAAUCUUCUCUUCUUCAUCCGCGGAGUAGAGGAUUUUUCAAUUCGUUCGAAUGCCCUCUCAUGUUUGCGGACAAUUAUCAUCAAAGGCUGCGCCUCAGGACAUGAUGAUCUUAAAAAGGUGAUCAGGUCUACUGUAUUGCCCGCUGUCAGAAAAGGCGCAAAGGAAGAUUCGGAGCACGUCAGAGCCGACUUUGUCUCCCUUUUUGGGUUGCUUGUUCAACAUCUCAGUGAUGACCCAGACCUUGCAGACAUGGUUGUGCUUCUGGUGGGUAAUGAUGAGGAGGCCUCGUUCUUCUCUAAUGUCCUCCACAUUCAACAACAUCGGCGUGUUCGGGCGAUAAGGCGACUCAUCACGGAGGUCGAAAAAGGCCAGGUCAGUCCAAAGAACAUUGCAGAGUUCUUCAUUCCACUGUUGGAAAAGUUUGUUUAUGAUUCGACCGGGGAUGAAUCCCUGCAAGGCGUCAAGGGCCAAUCAAUCGCUGCCAUGGGGCUGUUGCUGCAAUGGACUGAUUGGAAACAAUUCAGAGCGCUGUUUCGCAGAUACAGAAGCGAUCUGGCCAACCCUGGGGAAACCCAAAAGAAUUCGGUCAAGCUUUUAGGUCACGCAGCUGAUGCGCUCCUCAGUGCCAGUCUGACACCAACAACAGCGCCACAGUCAGAAGUCAGUCGCAUACCGUCCCUAGCUAUGUCGAUUUCCAGCAAGGCUACAUUGGAAAACGAAUUAAGGGUGCAUUUCAUCCCAAAGUUGGCCGAGCUUAUCCACUACAAAGAUGAAACAGAGAUCAGCUUCCGUAUACCGAUAGCGGUCACAAAUGUGAAGCUGAUCAAGAUGCUCCCUGCCGCAGAAGUGGCACUUGCCGCGGCUCCUGUGGUGCUCGACAUUGCAAACAUCCUCAGAAGCCGUACUCAAGAAUCACGCGAUGUUGCGCGCAAUGCCUUGGCACAAAUUGUUGUCCUCUUGGGCCCGUCCAGUGUACAAUUCGUCAUCAAGGAAUUGCGAACGGCAUUGACGCGCGGAUAUCAGUUGCAUGUCCUCUCCUUCACGGUACAUACGAUCCUAGUUGAGCUGACGCCGACAGUCGAAUUUGGAUCUCUGGACUAUUGUGUCGAAGAUUUAUUGUCUGUCGUUAUUGAUGAUACCUUUGGUGCCACUGGACAGGAGAAGGAGAAUCAAGACUACAUCAGCAGUAUGAAGGAAGUCAAGAAGAACAAAAGCUAUGAUUCAAUGGAGCUACUCGCCCGAUCUACAAGCGUCUCUGCACUUUCGAGGCUCGUCACACCCUUGCAGACUAUUUUGUCGGGGUCUUUGACGACAAAGCAAGUCAGACAAGUGGACGAACUUCUGCGAAGGCUUGGUCUCGGAGUUUCACAGAACCCUGGAGCGAAAGAUAGAGAUCUCUUGGUUUUUGCCUACCAAUUGAUCCAGUCAUUCUACACCCAGAAAGCUGCCAUCCCAGCCCGAACACUGACAGCGGACGAAAUCAAUCGACAACGAUUUCUGCUGCAGCCAACCGACCCGAGCAAAACAGCGGGCCCACGAACAUCACCAUUACUAUUCAAGCUUGCAAAGUUUGCACUAGACCUGGUGAGAUCGACCUUGCAGAAGCACGAUGAGCUUUGCACAAGCGAGAAUGUCCACGGCUUUUUACCAAUCAUUGGUGAUGCACUCAUAGAAGCUCAAGAAGACGUUAAAAUAUCUGCUCUCCGCUUGUUGUCUGCUAUCAUGAGACUGAAAAUGCCGGAGCUGGAUCAAAAUGCCCCUCUAUAUCUCAUGGAAGCCGUCAAGAUGGUCAAGAACUCGACGAACACAAAUGAAGAAGCAGCACAGGCUGCAUUGAAACUCAUAUCAUCGUUACUGCGAGAACGAAAAACCAUUCCGAUUCGAGAGGUUGACAUUGCCACAAUUCUUCACCGGAUCGCGCCUGACAUCGAGGAACCUGAUCGACAAGGGGUAACGUUUAAUUUCAUUCGAGCAGUCAUGUCGCGAAAGAUGCAGUCAGCGCAGCUUUAUGACCUGGUGGACAAAAUUGGAAUGAUGAUGGUUACGAAUCAUGCGCGUAGUGCUCGCGAUGUUGCCCGUGGUGUCUAUGUGCACUUCCUUCUCGAAUACCCACAGAGCAGCACCAGAUGGGCGAAGCAACAGAAGUUUCUGUUGAAGAACCUCGAUUACCAGCAUCCCGAAGGCCGACAGUCAGUGAUGGAAGCGAUGAACACUUUAGUUCUGAAACUCAAAGGUGAUGCUGGUGAGGAACUUGCAUCAUCCCUCUUCCUGCCGAUCUUGUUGCGCAUGGCAAACGAUGACAAUAAGGGCUGUCGCGAACUAGCAGGUGUGCUUCUACGUCAGCUCUUCCGCUUGGCGGAUACGAAGCAUCUCAACGAAUUUCUGGAGCCCAUGCAAGCCUGGAUUGAACAAGACCAGAACGUGGAGUUGCAGAAGAUCAGCAUGCAAGCCUAUGGGAUCUUACUAGACUCCGAGGUCAAAGUCGGGGGAAGCAACUUGACUCACCUGAGAGACAACAUCGCCAGAUUGUUGCAGGUGCAGGAGAUUGACGAGGACGAAGAUUGGGAGCUGCAGUUCCACGCUUUACUUCUGUUGUCCAAACUAGCCAAAACACAUCCUGAGCUAGUCUUGCAGCAGAAGCAGACUAAGUUAUGGUCCCCAGUGUGGUCUUUGCUGAGCCAUUCGAACUCUUGGAUUCAAAGCACGACAGCCGAAUUAGUCCAGAUAUUUUUCCAAGAUUGUGGCGAGACCGCCCAGCAGACGAUCCCUCUGAUUUGCUCACAUGGUCUCAGACUCAACCCUGUCGAGUUCCUGACGGUUUUGAAACGCAGUGUUCGUGUUCUGAGGCGGCUGGACGGUAAUCAAGAACUGGGCAUGCAGACUGUUCAAAAUCUCCUCUUCAUGGCAAAGUGUUUGGACACCAAUGGUUUAAGCAUGGAGGUGACCGACCGCGUUGAUAUCGGAGCGAUAGACGAAUCCGAUGGAGAAAGCACCGAUGAAGAACUGCCCAAGAAAAUGAAAACGAUCAAGGCCAUUCAAUAUCUAUUGGAUCAAAUCGCACGCAUUCUGCGGGUGGAGAUGUCUUCACUGACAUCCGGAGCAUUGCACCCCAAGCUAUCAGCACUACAAUUGUUUACCGCAGCUCUUCCCAGUCUAUCGAGAGACAGUGCCCAUCAGGACGCAAUCCGAGCAAUACUACUACCGCUUCAACAUGUCACUGAUACCAACACGAUCGCACCAAGAUCUGGCGACCCGACAUUUUCUAACAAGUAUAUAGAAUUUGUGGAGCUUGCUCAGAAUGCUAUGGAGGAAGUACAGCGCAAGAUCGGCGAUGCAGAAUACGUACAACUUCUAACGGACGUGAGCAAAAUCAUGCGCCUACGACGGGAGGAGCGAAGAAGUAAGCGUCGGAUUGAAAGGGUGGCAGAGCCUGAGAGAGCAGCAAUGGCAAAGAAGAGAAAAGGGGACCGGAAGAAGGAGAGGAAAAGGGAAAUUGGACGAUCACAUCAACGACGUCGAAAAGAAGUAUGAUGAAGUCAGUAUGGCUCAUUAUGAUCUGUCGAUAGGAGGUGUAAUUUGGAUAUUAUGAUCGACAUGGACGAGACAAUGUUCUUGUUUGAUGGAGCAGGGCGUUGAGGUUGAGGUUGAGGUUGAGGUUGAG